AUGGGAAACAUCUGCUCCCGCAGCUCCAACAAGGACAAUGACCCCUUCACCCAGCCAGGCCGCACGGUUGGCACAAACCCCGCAGACCAGAACCCAUCACCCCGUGCCCCGCUUCCAGCCAAGACAAAUUGGAAAGCAACACCCGGCCGCACCCUCGGCGAGACCAACGCUGGUGGUAGCGAAGCCCCAAGUGAUGAGGCACGUGCCAAUGCAGCAAUUGCUGCACAGAAACGCGCCGACAGUACCGGCACCGGUAAAGGUAAACUAGGCUCGAAAUUAGCCGCACAGAAGGCACAGACGCAUGCGCAGACAUUGGAUCAGGUUAGUCGGACUGAGAGGGCAGCGCGCGAUGCCGAUGGAGCCGAGGCUGCUAGGAGGUGGGAAUGA